GAGCCGCCGCCCAGAUCCCUCCUCCGGCUCCCGGCUCGGCCGCGCAGGGAGUGGCAGGGCGGCUGCCGGCCGGGCUGGAUCCUGCGGGGCACCGAGCCCCCUGCCCCGCUCCGCCGGGCAGCCCAGGGUGUGUGACCAUGGAAGAAGAGAUGCACCAUCAAGAAGCCUGAGCAGUGACACUGGGACAGCUCUGCAGACACUGGCAGCAGCAGCCUGAGAUACAGGAGAGCAAUCAUGCUGAAACCAAGUGGACUUAAAAUCCCAGGCAGGGCUGGGAAGCACUCCAGCCCCGUGGGACGGGCAGCAGGGACCAGCACAGCUGCUGCCACCACGGGCUCCAAAGAAGGCUCACCUUUACACAAGCAGGGUACCACAUCCACCACCAGCGCCGAGAAGUCGGCUUCGAAGGUCGCCGAGGUGGGCGAUGAUUUCCUGGGAGACUUCGUGGUGGGCGAACGUGUCUGGGUGAAUGGAGUGAAGCCAGGAGUGAUCCAGUACCUUGGGGAAACGCAGUUUGCUCCAGGCCAGUGGGCAGGGGUUGUUCUGGAUGACCCGGUGGGUAAGAAUGACGGCUCUGUGGGAGGAGUGCGCUACUUCGAGUGCCAGCCGCUGCAGGGGAUUUUUACGCGACCGUCCAAGCUGACGCGGCAGCCGGUGGCCGAGGGCUCCGGGAGCGACGCCCCCUCCGUGGACUCCCUGACGGCUCAGAACUUGUCACUGCACUCGGGGACGGCCACGCCGCCUCUGUCCACUCGCGUGAUCCCGCUGAGGGAGAGCGUCCUCAACAGCGCCAUGAAAACGGGCAACGAGUCCGGAUCCAACCUGUCGGACAGCGGGUCGGUGAAAAAAGGGGAGAAGGACCUGAGGCUUGGGGAUCGUGUGCUGGUCGGUGGCACAAAGACAGGAGUGGUGCGCUACGUGGGAGAGACGGACUUUGCCAAAGGAGAGUGGUGUGGAGUGGAGCUGGACGAGCCCCUGGGCAAGAACGACGGCGCGGUUGCUGGCACAAGGUAUUUUCAGUGCCCACCCAAGUUUGGCCUCUUUGCUCCCAUCCACAAGGUGAUCCGCAUCGGGUUCCCAUCAACCAGCCCUGCCAAGGCAAAGAAGAGCAAGAGGAUGGCCAUGGGGGUGUCAGCCCUGACCCACAGCCCCAGCAGCUCCUCCAUCAGCUCCGUCAGCUCCGUGGCCUCCUCGGUCGGGGGCAGGCCCAGCCGCAGUGGGCUGCUGACAGAGACCUCGUCCCGCUAUGCCAGGAAGAUCUCUGGCACCACAGCCCUGCAGGAGGCCCUGAAGGAGAAGCAGCAGCACAUUGAGCAACUGCUGGCAGAGCGGGACCUGGAGCGGGCCGAGGUGGCCAAAGCCACCAGCCACAUCUGCGAGGUGGAGAAGGAGAUCGCCAUCAUGAAGGCCCAGCACGAGCAGUAUGUCACAGAGGCAGAAGGAAACCUGCAGCGAGCACGAGCCUUGGUGGAUGGGAUGCAGAAGGAGAAGAUUGAGCUGCUGAACCAGCUGGAAGAGGAGAAGAGGAAAGUGGAGGACUUGCAGUUCCGUGUGGAGGAAGAAUCCAUUACAAAAGGGGACCUGGAGCUGACCACGGUGGCGGAGCAGUCCAGGAUCCUGCAGCUGGAGGAGGAGCUGAGCCUGAGGCGCAGCGAGGUGGACGAGCUGCGGCAGUGCCUGCAGAGCUCCCAGCCCGCGGAGAGCCCCGAGCACAGCCUGGGGCUGCACUCCGAGGCUCUGCGGCUGCGGGACCAGCUGCUGUCUGUCAACAAGGAGCACCAGAAGGAGAGCAGCCAGCUGAAGGAGAAGUAUGAGAAGACGCUGAAGAAGUACCAGCAGGAGAUGGAGAAGCUGAAGUCUGUCAAUGAGAAGUACUCGCAGGAGAUCGUUGACCUAAAGCAUAAAGUUCAGCAAGCCACUAACGAGAACAUGGGCCUCAUGGACAACUGGAAGUCCAAGUUGGACACGUUGGCUUCUGACCACCAGAAGUCUCUAGAGGACCUGAAAGCCACGCUCAACUCAGGCCCUGACAGCCAGCACAAGGAGAUUGUGGAGCUGAAGGCAGUGGUGGAGAGUAUAAAGCUGGAGCACCAGCUUGAGCUGGAGAACCUGAAAGCAAAGCACGACAUUGAGACAGCUGUCCAUAUAAAGGAGAAAGAGAGCCUCAAGCUGAAGCUGCAGGAGGCUUUGGAUGAAGUGGAAAAAAGCAACAGCAACUGGAAAAUGCAACUGGAAACCAAAAGCAGUCAGCACCUUCUGGAGCUCCAAGAUGUGAAGGACAAGUGUCGAGAUGCUGAGCUGAGGGUGCAUGAACUGGAGAAACUUCAUGGUGAAUACACAGAUCAGACACAAGCAAUAGCUUUCUUGAAAGAGCAGAUAUCUUUGGCUGAAAAGAAGAUGUUGGACUAUGAAACAUUACAGAAAACAGAAGCCCACAGCAAACAGGAAAUCCAAAGAUUGCAGGAAAAAGUGCUUGUCUUAGAGAACAAGCUGCAGUCCAUGGAGGCCCUGCAUCCUUCUCAGCAUGCAAAUAUGAUUGAGACUAAUGAUAUUUCAGAAGAAAAGAUAAAGAUGAAGCAGACUAUGGAAGACCUCCAGGACAAGCUGAGUAAAAGAGACAAAGAGGUGUCAUCCCUGGUCACCCAGACUGAAACUCUAAGGGCCCAAGUAAGUGCUUUGGAAAAUAAAUGCAAAACAGCAGAAAAGAAGGCUGAUUCGGUGCUCAAAGAAAAGAAGAGGUUGGAAGGAGAACUGGAAGCCUUGACCAAGAAAACACAUGAUGCCUCAGGGCAGCUGGUCCUGAUCAGCCAGGAGCUGCUCAAGAAGGAAAGGAGCCUGAACGAGCUGCGGGCGCUGCUGCUGGAGGCGAACCGGCACUCGCCGGGGCCCGAGCGCGACCUGAGCCGCGAGGUGCACAAGGCCGAGUGGCGCCUGAAGGAGCAGAAGCUCAAGGAUGACAUCAAGGGCCUUCGAGAGAAGCUGGUCGUGCUGGACAAGGAGAAGUCGGCGCCGGAGCAGCGGCGGUACUCGCUGAUCGACCCCUCCUCGGAGUCAGAGGUGAUCCGGCUGCAGCACCGGCUCGUCAGCACCGAGGACGUGCUGCGCAACGCCCUGGAGCACGGCCACCAGAUGGAGAAGCUCAUGGAAGCCAUGAGGCUCUCCUCUGAGAAAACACAGACUGUUGGAAAUUCUGGGUCUGCUAACGGGAUUCACCAGCAGGAUAAAUCCCACAAGCAAGAGGAGAAGCUCUGAUAGAGAAGAGGUGGAAAGGACCAUUUCAUGCCAGUAUCAGCUCCUCUGCACAGUCAGGAAAAACAACACCACAUCUGGCUUUAGCACCUCCAAAAGACCACACACAGUAUUUUCACUUCAAAGCAGGACAAUGUUUAUAAUGUACUAACUGAUGUAAUCAGGACAAUCCCAGAGCCCAGUUUUCCAAGACAGCCAUUGUUCCAGGAGGGAGCAGAAAGACCUCUCUGGGUUUGGUUUCUUACUUGUAUUGGUUUUGACUGUGGAAUUUGUAUUGUUUGAGCUGCCCUUGUCCCACCAGCUGACAUGGUUUGGAUGACAGCUGCCCUGACCUGUGGCUGAAGUGUCAGUGGGUCCCAGCAACCCCACAGGAGCUGCCAAGGGAUUUUCCUGUGGUGUUCAAAGCAUGUGCCCAUAGGCUGCACCCUUCCCACGGGGUCUGUCCCUUCCCUCCCACACACCCUGGUGUCCUGAGAACCUGCACAAGUGAGUGAAACCUGCUGGGCUGAUGAUGUGAGCUCUGGGGACGUGUUCCCCUCCUCCCUUUUGGAAGACAUCACUGUUUUAGAGCAGAGGCUGCACUUAGUUCUUGUAUAAUAGUGUGUCGUGGGAAAUAAUCCAGUUUCAGAGGGAUAUUUAUUUUGUUUCUUGUCCCCUGCCAUUUGGGGAAGAAGCUGUGGUGGCUCUGACUCUGGGGUCAGGCACACCUUGCCUGGGUGUAGCUGGCCCUUCUUCCUGCAGUGGGAUCUCUGAAGGCCUGCUGGAGUCCUGUGCCACAGCCAGCUGUCCAGCUCGGUGCCCCUCACUGCUGGGGGGUUCAUGGGCUCUGUUUUGAGCUCAGGACUCCACAGGUGCUGGAUCUCAGCACUGCUGGCCUUGGAGCUCUGUGCUGGGGGCAGUCAGUGCGGGACAGAUGCAUUGAACAAAAGGUUCCCUCCUUGUCUGUUCAGUUUAAGAGCUCACUGUGAUUGCCUGGUGCUCUCCAGAGCUGUCCUUGGCUCUUCAGUGUGAUGCCCAACCCCUGCUGCUGAGAUGGAUGAGGUGAAGGUGCUGCUGUGAGCCUGCCUUUGAUGGCUUCAGCAAUCCUCUGUGCAUGGCCUGGGUGUGAGUAUUUGGAGCAGAAGCAAUCCAAGACCAGAGCCCAGGCAGCUCUUGUGUCUGUACCAGCAGAGGAUCUUGUUCCUUCUUCCCAAGGCUUCACUCUAACUUUGCACCACAGCUCCCAAGUGAUAAUAAGGCAGAGGAAGGUGACAACGUGCUCUUAAAGGUGUGAAGGAGCCCAGCUCAGGUUCACUCUUCAGUAGCACAGGGAACAGUCACAGCAAUAUUUUUCCAGGCUUCUCCAUUUAGUGCCACUUCCUCCUCCUUCUGCUUUGAUGGGACAUCUGUGAAAGGACAAGAUGGGAGAGGAGAUCUGAGCCAGACCCCCAGCAGGUGAACACAAUGGCACAUCAGCUCUGUUACUUUUUGCCCUGAUUUCCCACCAAGUUGUGUCACUUUUUCUUAGUGGGUUGCCAGACUCCUGCUUCUUUGAAGGACAGGCAGCCAGAAACAGCCUGGGAAAGACUUGAGCUUCAGGACUGAGAUUUUGCCAUCAGGAGAAUGACAUGGAACACUUGACCCUUCUCACCUGACGCAGGAUUGGUGAUCUCCUGUCCUUUAGAGGAGGAUGGGAGAGGAAGGGGAAGUAAAGCAGGUCAGAAAUCACAGCAGAAAUCUGCUUGUGGUAGCAGGAGGCAGAGUGUGGGAUCGAACUGGCUGGAAAUAAUUCAUGUAGGAUUCCAUCCUGCCUUGUGCAAGUGUUUCUUCAGCUCUUACAAAUCACCAGGAAGAUUGCCACAUCUCUGCCUAGUUCUGGGAGUUUCCCAAGGAAUUGUAGGAGUGGCCUCCAAAACCCUCCUGGUUGAGUAUUCAUUGUCUAAGUGAUUUUGGAAAGUCCCAGAGGGAGUUUUUGUUUGUUACAGCCCUCAGUAGUGAAUACCUCACUGCUGGUUUUAAGAAUUUAGGGCUGUUGUUUCCCAAAAUGCUCCUGUUGGCUGGAUGGUCUCUGAAGUCAUAUCUGCAGAUCCCAUGGGCUUCCCUGGGCACAUGCAAGAGGGAGGCCCCAUUCUGGUUUGUAACUUAUUUUCCUGUAUGGGUCUUCUAGUGACUUGUGGCCAGCUGCCUCCACCUGCAGCAGAGAUGUCUCUGUUUUCCACCUCCCUCUGGCUCUGUACAAGUGGGAUCCCCUGGGAGUGCCCAUGGGGAUCAUGUAUUUGGUUCUGUUGAUCAGAUCCAAAGUUGCCAGGCUGGAAGAGUCUCUGGCUCCUGCCUCUUCCCAGGGACCAUCCCUGAGAGCAGCUCAGUCCUGGGGCUUUUCCUGCUCAGCUCAGGAGACAAUGCAGAACAGGAACAGAGGUGUUCAGAUUAGUGCUAAUGGUCUUCUCUGGCUGUAAAUGGCUGUGCUGGUCCCUGAGGAUCAGCCAGGAGCUGUUGGCACUGCUUGGCUCUCUGUGCAGGCUCUGUGGUCACUGUGUUGCAGGGCUGAGGGUUGAAGCCCCCACCCACUGGGGUGCAGGGCCAUGGGAGCUGCUCCCAAAUAGGACCAUCCACAAUGCCACCAGGAUAUUUGUGUGCUCAUGUGGCUUCAGCUCAGCCCUGUGUAAGGGGCCAGGAGGGGUUGCACUCACUCACUUCCUCCCUCUCCAAAAUUAGCACAGGCUUCCCCGGGGCACCAGCCUCUGGCUGCCCUCCUGAGGUGGUCAGAGACCACACUAGGGACAAACUUGGAAAGGACAAGGGGGAGAUUCCCCAUCCCCUCUAUUUAUUUGUAAGUUUAAGUGCUAUUUUUACCUGUGUGGUGGUGUAUAAAGUACUUCACAAUGCUUGGUCCCUCUGGCUUUGUUCUUUGGGAGAGCUCUGGGGCCCUGGAGUGGUGAUGCCCCCUUGUCCUGAUGUUGAUCCGGGCUGGUUCCUGUUUGUGCCUUCACUCCCCCUUUGGCUUCAGCCUUGCUCUUACCUCGCUCCCCGAGAGCUGCUGAGGGAGGGCUGUGCUUUCCCCAGCCUUUCUCCCAGCCUGACAAUGCCAUGCUGGUUUUCCAUCUGCAGAUGGAGCAGGGUGGGGAGCAGGAGAUGACACGCAGCUGGGCUCCCGGGGAAGGAGCAGCCCCCACAGCCAGUGGCAUUGCCCUGACAGGUAGUGAUGCUUUUCUGCUGAGAGCUGAGCCCUUAUCCACUGAAAAAACAGCCUCUGGGAUGGAGACUACUUAGUAUGGAGUGAUUUCUUCUCUGUUUCUCAAGACCAAAAGGGAAAAGAAUGAGUCUUGCUUGGGAAUGUCAGCUUUAUCCCUCCUGCAGCAUCCAGAGAGCUGGAGCAAGGGCAGCACCGUGCUGGUGCCCUGUGGGAUGAUGGCACCAAUCUGCCUGGUGUUACAGCUCUGCAAUGGCAGGUGCCAAGCUGCCAGCCAAGGCCUUACAGCUCCUGCCUCCCCCCAGCCACCAGCAGCUCCUCUGACUCGCAGUAGAGAUGCAUAAGGGUUUCAUUAAACAAAAUUAUGCAAAUGGCACUGUAAAAGUCUUAAUGAAAAUUCCAAUACUCCGUUAUUCAGCAGCUUUAGCAGCUCAGCACUAUCUGUAGGGAGUUAUUAAUACACUAAGAUCCUAUAGGCCUCCUGUAAGUUACCAGAAAAAAGAUGAUACUAGAUGUAUAAAUGGAUGAUAACCUUUUACCCAUCCAGUAUGUAUUACAAUUUUGUAGCUUAGUCAUUUUUUGGCUAUCAGAUUUUGUUAGUAUGAUACAAAAAAAAGACAAAAAAAAAGUUUGACUGCCAAUGUCUAUUUUGUUAUUUGAUUCAUUUUCUUCCUCUGUACAAAAGCUGUACAAAUCUGUCUGUGUAACUCCUCCACAUCUGUAUUCAUGUACCAUCCCCCUUGUCCUGGCUUGCUGGUGUGGUGAGCUCCUACUAAACAAUAAACUCUGUGGCU